AUUACCCUGUUACUCUGUUACCUUGUUACCCUGUUACCUUGUUACCAUGUUACCUUGUUACCUUGUUACCCUGUUAUCUUGUUACCUAGUUACCCUGUUAUCUUGUUAUCUUGUUACCCUGUUACCCUGUUACCCUGUUACCUUGUUACCCUGUUUCCUUGUUACCUUGAUGCCCUGUUACCUUGUUACCCUGUUACCUUGUUACCCUGUUACCUUGUUACCUUGUUUCCUUGUUACCCUGUUACCUUGUUACCUUAUUACCCUGUUACCUUGUUACCUUGUUACCCUGUUACCUUGUUACCUGGUUACCCUGUUACCCUGUUACCUUGUAACCCUGUUACCUUGUAACCCUGUUAUCUUGUUACCUUGUUACCCUGUUACCCUGUUAGUACCCUGUUACCUUGUUACCCUGUUACCUUGUUACCUUGUCACCCUGUUACCUGGUUACCUUGUUACCCUGUUACCUUGUUACCUUGUUACCCUGUUACCUUGUUACCUUGUUACCAAGUUACCUUGUUACCUGGUUACCCUGUUAGCCUGUUACCUUGUAACCCUGUUAUCUUGUUACCUUGUUACCCUGUUACUCUGUUACCUUGUUACCCUGUUACCUUGUUACCUUGCUACCCUGUUAUCUUGUUACCUUGUAACCCUGUUACCCUGUUACCUAGUUACCCUGUUAUCUUGUUAUCUCGUUACCCUGUUACCCUGUUACCCUGUUACCUUGUUACCCUGUUACCCUGUUACCUUGUUACCCUGUUACCCUGUUACCUUGUUACCUUGUUACCUUGUUAUCUCGUUACCCUGUUACCCUGUUACCCUGUUACCUUGUUACCCUGUUACCCUGUUACCCUGUUACCUUGUUACCCUGUUACCCUGUUACCUUGUUACCUUGUUACCUUGUUACCUCGUUACCUGUUACCGUGUUACCCUGUUACCCUGUUACCUUGUUACCCUGUUACCUUGUUACCUUGUUACCUUGCUACCGUGUUACCCUUUUACCUUGUUACCUUGUUAUCUUGUUAUCUCGUUACCCUGUUACCUUGUUACCCUGUUACCUUGUUACCUUGUUACCUUGUUUCCUUGUUACCUUGUUAGACUGUUACCCUGUUACCUUUUUACCCUGUUACCCUCUUAUCCGGUUACCUUUUACCCUGUUACCCUGUUACCCUGUUACCUUGUUACCCUGUUACCUUGCUACCCUGUUACUUUGUUACCCUGUUACCUUGUUACCUUGUUACCUCGUUACCCGGUUACCGUGUUACCCUGUUACCCUGUUACCUUGUUACCCUGUUACCUUGUUACCUUGUUACCUUGCUACCGUGUUACCCUGUUACCUUGUUACCCCGUUACCUUGUUACCUUGUUAGACUGUUACCCUGUUACCUUUUUACCCUGUUACCCUCUUAUCCGGUUACCUUUUACCCUGUUACCCUGUUACCCUGUUACCUUGUUACCUUGUUACCCUGUUACCUUGCUACCCUGUUACUUUGUUACUCUGUUACCUUGUUACCCUGUCACCCUGUCACUCUGUUACCCUUUUUUUUUGUUACUCUGUUACCUUAUUAUUCUGUUACUUUGGUACCUUUUUACUCUUUU